CGAGAGGCCGGGAACGCGGGGAGGAGCGGCGAGAAGAGCCACAGGAGGAAGCGGCGAAGGAAGAGGGGGAAGCGGAGCUGCCCGAGCCGGUCGCCAUGGGGCUGGAGGCGGCUUGUGAACUGGAGUGCGCGGCGCUGGGCGCGCUGCUGCGGGAGCCGCGGGAGGCCGAGCGCACGCUGCUGCUCGACUGCCGCCCCUUCCUGGCCUUCUGCCGGCGCCACGUGCGCGCUGCACGGCCAGUGCCCUGGAACGCGCUGCUGCGCCGCCGCGCGCGGGGCCCUCCCGCCGCCGCCCUCGCCUGUCUGCUGCCCGACCGCGCGCUGCGGGCGCGUCUGGCCCGCGGGGAGCUGGCGCGCGCCGUGGUGCUGGACGAGGGCAGCGCCUCAGUGGCCGAACUCCGGCCCGACGGCCCGGCCCACCUGCUGCUCGCCGCGCUGCUGCACGAGACGCGCGCCGGGCCCACCGCCGUGUGCUUCCUCCGAGGAGGCUUCGACAGCUUCCAGGCCUGCUGCCCGGAUCUGUGCUCUGAGACCCCUGCCCCGGUGGUGCCACCUGCAGGACCUGAAAACGUCUGCUCUGACCCCAGGGCUCCCUUCUAUGACCAGGGUGGCCCUGUGGAGAUCUUGCCCUACCUGUUCCUGGGCAGUUGCAGCCACUCCUCAGACCUUCAGGGGUUGCAGGCCUGCGGCAUCACAGCUGUCCUCAACGUUUCUGCCAGCUGCCCCAACCACUUUGAGGGGCUUCUCCGGUACAAGAGUAUCCCAGUGGAGGACAACCAGAUGGUGGAGAUCAGUGCCUGGUUCCAGGAGGCCAUAGGCUUCAUUGACUCAGUGAAGAACAGCGGAGGCCGGGUGCUGGUGCACUGCCAGGCGGGCAUCUCGCGCUCCGCCACCAUCUGCCUGGCAUACCUGAUGCAGAGCCGCCGCGUGCGGUUGGACGAGGCCUUCGACUUUGUUAAGCAACGCCGGGGAGUCAUCUCCCCCAACUUCAGUUUCAUGGGGCAGCUGCUGCAGUUUGAGACCCAGGUGCUGUGUCACUGAGGCAGGACCCCCCUGCCUGCUCACCGCCACCUUGCUGGCUCUCACUGAUGCCUGGGGGAGCUGACUAUGGACAGGUGGUCUCCCCUCUGCCCCAGCACAUCCCCCUAAGCUCUCGGAGGGCUGCUGCCUCCUGGAGUUUGGAAAGCCCCCAGGUGGGGGCUAGGAAUGCUGGAAUGCUGGCCUCUUUGACCUGGUGCUCUUCUGCUAGGGGAUCGAGGGCUGGCCCUCGAGCAGGGGACAGGCAUGGAGGGUAUGUCUGCACUUUCCUUCCCCAUCCUCUGGCAGAAAUUAACUGGACUCUACACCCAGGGACUCUCUCUGGUCCACUACCACAUGGAAGCCCUUGGCAGCCUGAGAGCUCCAAGGAACAAGCUGUGACAACCAGGAACCCUGUCUCGGGGAUGGUGUGCCCCCCAGGCCUGGAUCCCGAGCCCUGUGCUCCUGGGGGAGCUGGGGACUCGGGAAGUGAUGUGUAUGUUGUGUUGCGGACCUCUUGCUUGCGUGUGUACUAUGCGAGCGUUGCACGCCUGUAUUGGCGCUGGAAAGUUAUUUGUGUUCGACUGACAUUUAACACUGCCUCCCCACUUCCUCCCAGUCUUAUGGGUGGGGGUUGGAAACUUCGCACUUUAUAUUUAUACAGAACGUUGAG